CACUUUUUUCGUGCGUUUCAUGUGUGCGUGCGCUUCCUAUUACAAUUUUUUCGAAGGAUUUUCCGUGUGUUUUGUUGACGUGCAGCGCGGCGGAAAGUGAAAAACGCAAUCAAACAGUGCCGUGCAACAGGGCGGGUCAGCGUUUGGCAUAAAUUGCAGUGUGUGCCCCGCGUGCGGACAGGCGUAAGGCGUUUAAAAUGGCGAACGUAAGGGACAGCGACACAUCACUGUGGCUGCAUAAUAAACUGGGCACCUCGAACGACUCGUGGAUAAACGGCUCGAUCUGCUCGCAGCUGAACAAGGAGGUGCUGCGCAACAUCAAGGAGUGCUUCCCGGACCUGCAGACCCAGGUCAAGCUGAAGCUCCUCCUCAGCUUCCUUCACAUUCCGCGCCGUCUGGUGGAGGAGUGGAAGGCGGAGCUCGAGGAGGUAAUAGAGGUGGCCGGCCUGGACUCAGAGCUAUGGGUUUCCAUGCUGGCGGAGACCAUGAAGACCUUCCCGGCCACCAGCUCGCUCAACACAGAGAUCUCCGACUACGAGGACACGCGUCCCAUCUUCACAGACAUGGUCAACGACCUGCGCAAGCUGGUCACCAAGCACUCGGACCUGGGCAUGCUGCCCCUGGAGUGCCAGUACCUAAACAAGAACGCGCUGAUCUCAGUGGUGGGCCAGCAGCCCGCCCCCGUCAAGCAUUUCACUCUGAAGCGCAAGCCCAAGAGCGCCCAGCUGCGAACCGAGUUGCUGCACAAGUCCGCGGAUGCCCAGUCCUCGCUGAAAAAGGCCUCGGCACCCACGAUUCCACUGCGAUCGCGUGGCAUGCCCCGCAAGAUGACGGACACCACUCCGCUCAAGGGAAUCCCAUCGCGCAUGCCCACCACCGGAUUCCGAUCGGCCACUGUGCCGGGAAAUACAGCCCAGCGGCCCAAUCUCAGUCGCACGCCCGCUGGACGCAAGGAUGGCGGCAUCAAGCUGAUCGAGUUCACAGAACAGCCGCUGGGCUAUGCGGCGGCCAAGAAGCGGAAGCGCGAGCAGCAGCUGGAGGAGCAGCAGAAGAAGCAGGAGCAGAAGCAACAGGCGGCGGCAGCAGCAGCAGCGGCGGCGACGGCAGCAGCAAACAAUACUGGCGACAGCUCGCCAACGGACGGGGCCACGGCCAGUGGAGGAGAGACACCCGUCACGCCCACGUCGGCCAACAACAGUUUCGAAAUCAAAAUGGAACCACAGCUCCUCAACCAGAGCGCAGGAAGCCUGGAAGAGCAGCAGGAUGAUGAUUUGGCCGGCAAAACGCCCAUGGAAUGCGAUCCCGAGACGCCGGAGUACGCCACAGCCACGCUGGACUUUGCACCGGCCACCACUGCAUCAGUUGCCGAUGCCCAACCCGGAAAACCCGUGGCCGAAGUCAAGUUAAAGACUCCGCGUACCCCGAAAUCAGCGGCAAAGUUGAACAACAACAACAACAGCUUCAAUCACACCCCAAAACGAAUCAAGCAGGAGAUCGAGAUCAAGAGCGAGGAAAUAAUAGUACCCGCCAGCAUCAAGCUGGAAAAGAUCGAGACCUCGCCGUCGACGCAGGGACAGCAGCAACGUGUCAUCAUCCAGCAGCAGCCGCCUAGCUUGGUGCAGCGCACCCCGCACCUGCUCAUCCGCAGCUCGCCGCAGAAGAGGCAGAACAAUGGGGCCACCACGAGCACAGGCACCACUACAACGGUGGGAAACACCACCAUCAAGAUGGAGAAGCUGGACAUAAAGCCCAUGCUGCGAGCCACCGGCGUCUCGCCCUCGACGAGUGCCGGCACCACGACAACUCUGCUCACCCCGCAGCAACUGCGACAGGCGGCUAAUCCGUUGGCCAACUUGCCUAACAACAUCUCCGUGAAGAUAACCUCAGCCAAGGCGAAAGCUGCGGCCGCCGCAGCGGCAGGUCCCAGUGGCAGCCAGACGCAGACGCAGCAACCGCAAACGGUGCAGGUUCAGCAGACACCGCAGCAGUCGCACCCCCCGCUUCUGAUCAACAGCUCCACGCCCGUGAUCCUGGCAUCCUCGCCCAGCGCUCAAAGAGCGAAGGCUUUGGCCAUGCCCAGUAGCAGUACCACACCCACCACAACCACGACGAUACCGUCGCAAGCCAUAAAGACGAUGCCGCUGAGCCAGCUGAAAACGGCUACCAACAGCGGACCGGUGAUCAUAUCACAGACUAUAAUUCAGCCGGCGAAGCGAGCCCAACAACAGGCUGGAACCUCGAGUGCCGCAGCCGCUUCCCAGCAGCAGCAGCAACAGCAACAACAACAGCAGCAGCAGCAGCAGCAGCAACUGCUACACCAGCAAAUCCAGCAGCAGACGCAACAGACUCAGCUGCCACAGCAGCCGCAGCAGCCACAGACGCAGUACAUCCUGGCCACACCCCAGCAGCAACCGCAACAGAUUCAGCAGCAGCAACAGCAGCAAACCAUGUUGCCAACGCUUACCUCGUUCUCUCACAGUCGUCCUCUGCCGCAGACCACGACGCUUUACCAGGCCACUAACCCUGGCGGCAACAGCCAGACACCCACCAAGAUACUGCUAAAGACCUCGGGCACAUCAAGUGUGGUGAUGACGCCUCUGCGCCAGGCCCAGCCGCAGCAGGCUACCGCUGUGGUGUCCUCGAAUCCACCGCCUCUGGUGGCCACCUCGGCAGCAGUGGUUUCCCCCGGUCAGUCAAACACGUUAAACAUUCAGAACGUGCAACUACCCAAUCGGCCAGUGACUAUUCAACCAGCCUCCCAGGCCGCGCAGCAACAGCAUAUGCAGGCCCAGAUGCAGCAGCAACAACCUCAUCCGCAGCACACGAUCGUCGCCAACACGACUGCCACGCAGCAGCCCAAGUUGUCCCAGGUUCUGAUGCAGCCAACCGGAGCGGUGGCUGGCGGCGUGUCCGCCCUGAACGUGUCUCCCACGUCCGGCAAGAACAAGACGAUCAUACUCACCCAGAAGGGCGUUAUACUGCGGAACAUAGGUGGCGAUAUGUACCAGCAAAUACCCAUCAGCAAUGUGGGCAACCUGCAGGGACUCGGCGGCACCACGUUGAUGACCACCACGGCUGGGCCGCCGAGUCUGGUGAAGACAACACCCUCGACGGGAGUGCAAUUGCAGCAGCAACAGCCUGGAAAGCAGAUUCUGCCGACUCUCAUACCAACCAGUUCUCUUGGUGGACAGCACGUCCUUGUGCAGCAGCAGCAACCCACCAACGUGAUUGGCAAUUCCCAGCAGCAGACCAUCAUUCGCCCUGUGAUGACCAACGUGGGCGGAGGCUUGACCACGCUGCCGCAGGGCCUGACGCUGAUACAACGGCCGGGCCAGCAGCCGCAGCUGGUGCAGGUGCAGGCGGCGCCGGGCAGCACGCAGCGCACGAUUAUCACCCAAUCGAGCACGGCGGCGGCGGCGUCGCAACAGCAGCCGCGCCAGCAGCAGCAACAGAUUCUGGUCCAACACAAGCCGGCUCCGACCCUGCAGCAGCGUUUGGUCACCUCCACCACCAGCGGUGGCCAGGGCCAGCCGGGCAAUCCGAAUGCAGGCAUCGCCCGCACCGUCCAGGUCCAGGUGCAGGCCCAGCAGCCACAGCAACAGCAGGCUGCGCAGCAGCAAUCGCAGCAGGCUCCACAGCGACGAGGUCUCUCGCUAUCGAACGAGCACGUGCACAAGGCGCAUGAAAUGUUCCGGAAGGCAAAUCGUGUCUCGCGACCGGACAAAGCCCUCAUCCUCGGCUUUAUGGCGGGUCUGCGUGAGAAUCCGCGUCCGAAUAAUGAAAAUGUGCUGGUCAUCAAAUUGGGCGAAACAGAGGAAAAAGUACAACAGGAGGAUGGCAACACGGCGCUGUGCCUGGUGGAAUCGCACAUCCGGCUGGACUACAACACCGGCGAGUGGAAGACAUUCCAGAACUACAGGCUACAGGACCAGAGUGCCGCCUCAUAGUCCACGAGGGUCAUACGCAUAGUUCGCAGCACCAAGUGAACUGCGGCAGCCAGGCUGAAGUCGAACAUGCGUAUAUGGAUUAUGGUUUAUAGAUAUACACUUUGAUUUGUCAUCCGUUCUGCACGGGCUGCCUCGUCGCCGCCCCUAAUUAGGCUAUUGAAAACCCCUUCUCUCCCCACCCCAUCCCUCCCGCAGUCAGCAAGCACCCCAAGAAUUGCUGGAAAAUUGAAACUAUUUAAUAAUUAAGGUAAAUUAGCUGUACAGUUGUUUAGUAUGUAGAAAAGGCUAGCGCUUAAACAUUUAGUAAACAUGCCCGUUCACACAUUCAAACAUCCACACACCCAGCACCCAUCCAUCCAUUCAUCCAAGCACGCAGGCAUGCUCACCGUCGGCUGAACGCUUCACUGGAGGGCAGUGGGAUGGCGGAUGGGCCAGAAGUGAACGUUUGGACGGUCGCAUAAGCACACACAACACAAGCACACACCCAUGCAUUUUAGAUCUGCAUAUAUAUACCUAGCUUAUGUAAUUAUUGUCGAGUAAAAAGUGUGUAAUUAUCUUACCAAGCAGCAUAAAAUUUAGAGACGCUGAUCGGCGCUCGUUAUUCAUUAAAAAAUCAAAUGGAAAUAUAUAUAGUUAUAGAUAUAUAUGUAUGAGCCGCAGCAACCACAGCAAAAUUAACUUAAAUCUUGAAUUGUGUAAUAGACAAACAAUAAAACUAGCAUAUGUAUUUAUGGCUUAAAUGUUAAA